UUUAUUCUCCUUUCUCUCAAUUUAAUAACACUAACGAUACCAUUUAUCCCAAAAAAAUUAUUGUCCAACUCCCUCAAUUAAAAAUCGUAAUAAAAUUUUAAAUGAACUAUUAAUACACAAAACCAUCGCAACCCAAAAGACCAUUCGGCGGCGAGAAAACUUGCCAUCUCUUCUUUUCACAAAUCACAUUUAGCUCCGAUUUCGUUCAUACAACUGUUGGGUUAUUGAUCUGUAUUGGUAUGAUCGGUUUUUAGUUUAGCUCCAUCAAAUCCUACUGCAAGUAGGGUGAUACCGCAAAGGCGAAAAUGGCGACUACAUGCGAUUUUGUCGAAGCAGAUAAUGCAGAAGCCAUAAUCACCAGAAUUGAGCACAAAUCUCGAAAGAUUGAGAGCUUACUUAAACAGUUAAAACCAGUCGAAGCUCUUAAAACUGCUCUUGAAGGUUCCCCUCCAAAUACCCGGGACGAGCGUUGUAAGUCAGCAAAUUGGAUUGUGGUGCAUAGGGCUCUCAUGGCUAUAAAGGAUGUAGAUGGGAUGUUUUCUUCGUUGGAUCCAGAGUACUAUGAUAUUCUAAUGAAGUACUUGUAUAGAGGGUUGUCAACUGGUGAUCGUCCCACAUGUGAUCAAUGUCUCAGGAUACAUGAAAAGUUGACAGAAAGGGCUGGCUUAGGCUGCAUUCUUCGUUCUCUUGCCGAUACUGUUAAUACUGUUUGAUUUUUCUUUUGAGCAACUUUUGGUUAACGUUGGAUAUAUGUCAAACUAAGAGCUGAAAAUUUACUCAAUUCUUUCGAGUUUUGACAGCUGUAAAUUGCUUUCCAGAUUGUGGAUUUAUGUCAACCAGAUUUAAUUUCUAAAUGUACUUGUAAUUUGUAAUUUGAACAUUUGAAUGUAAAUGACUGAAAUUGAAUAUAACCUUUGGACUGGACCAAGUUAGAGCA